GCUGUAGCGGGCUGCUCUAGCGACCGCUCAGCCUCCUUCUCUCCAUACUAUUUCUCUCUCUUUUUCUCUCUCUUUCUCUUUCUUUCUCUACUCCACGAUCAAGAGACGAAGGACGUCUCGCGGACGACGUCUCGAGAAGAACUACGAAACGUCGUCGUCGUUUCUUGAUCGUCGAUCGUCAAAUCAAGCAGACAGGCAGAGGAAGAGGAAGACUGGAGGUGGAUCACCGGCAUCGUUUCUCCGGGGGUGGGGAUGGAGCCGGAGCAACGAGGACGACGCGCUUCGUCGACGUCGAGCCUCGGACGCGAGGUCCGUUGCGGUUGUCAGUACUACCAGAGCGACUCGCUUCUGCCGGAACGACGUGCUCUUCAAGCCAGACCAUCAUCCAGGACGAUGCAGCAGCCACCUGCGGUCCGCUGCAGCGAGCACGAGUACGAACCGAUCGCGUCGCCGUCGCCGCAUCCGGCGAUGGCGCCGGUCGUGCGUAUCACCGACACGGACGUGAUGCCCGUCGCCGACAGCGACGACAGCAUCGACGACCGGGGCCGACUGCCGCCGGAGCUGAUCCUGGACGGCGAUCUGAUCCUUCCACUGGAUGGCAAAAUCGAGGACAGCGCGAUGGAGGGUCGCGAGCUCGGCGGGACCGGCGAUACUUCCGAGGAGCAGGAGCCCACGGCACAGCAAUUUCAGGACAGACUCGAAGAGCGGUUCCUCGACGCGCCUACUCCUUAUACCGAGUCCAGGACCGACGGCGAGGUCAAUACCAGCCAGGUAGACUCAUCGGCGAUGGAGGAACUGCCACUUCGGCGAGGCGCUCGCGGUUUAUCUCAACGCAUGAAGACGCAAGCUAGCAAGCUGCGCUCUCGGCUCCGGGAUUUCAAACGCCCCACAUUCUCGUUCCCGCAAAAACGGCAGAAGCCUGAUAAAAAGAAAACGACGACGACAACGACGACGAGAUCGACAGCGAGCAGUGGCAAGUCGGAAAAAUCCCGCAAGUCAGCGGAAAAGCGACCUAGCAGAAUGGAUCGAAUAAGAAUGUCCAUUUCCGAGAAAACGGCGAAACUCAGUUUGCCUGACAGAUCCAAAUUUCAUCUACCGGAGAGACCGAAAUUCAGUUUUCCGGACAAGUCGCGCUUCCACUUGCCGGAGAGGCCAAAGUUCAAUAUUAAAAAGCCCAAUAUACGUUUACCGGAAGCGUUUACUCGCGUUAAACGGCCUCCUCUGCAUGAGCAACAGCAACAUUCGACCGAUUCCACCGCCGGUUCCAAGCGUAACAUCUUCGACUUUGCCACGUAUCCGCGUAUUUUCGACAAGAAGUCCAAGAAGCACGAUGAGUACGCGACGUCUUCGCCUAAAGACUCUAGGACUCAGUCCGCAGAGAGCGCGACCUUUCCUCGUACUCGGAAGAGGAAAUCCUUUGGCGCUAGAUGGACUCAGCGCUUCUCGACUUAUAAUCCGGAUCAGGAUCGUCCGGAAGAAGAGGCAGCAGCAAGCGACUCUCCUCCAUGGCAUCAGAGUUCGAUGGAAGAACCACCAAGGCUAUCGGCCAGAACGGAAGAAGAGAUAUUGGCAGCGGCUCGCGCGAUUCCGUGGGAGGAUACGAGAAAACGGGAUCAAUACGACGAAGAGGAGAUACAGUACAUGGACUAUGAGCAAGAGUCAUCGGAGAUGUCAGAUCGGCAUCCCGCUCCGCCGAAAAGAAUGCAUAAGAUGUCGGAGCGGCAGGAAGAAUCGUACGAGCAAGAAGAAGUAAUGGAUCCGAGAUUAUAUGAUCAAGAAAUAAAACCCGUUCACGGAGAGGAAGUCGAAGAAGAUGAAGAUGCGCCAGCUGAUUGGCAAGCAAAUCAAGAGAUGAUGCUUGAAGAAAAAUUCAGACCGAUUGCCAAGGCACGAUCGUUGGACGAGGAUAUACCGCGAGUUAUGGGACGAGAAGAAUACGAUGAAGCAUUUAUGGCUGUAGAUCCGAGACGAUUUGGACCACAUAAAAUGACUCCUGAAGAGGAAAAAGAGGGCGAAGAAGAAGAAUUAGAAGAGUAUGAAGAAGAACAUGAGCCCUCUUCGAUGCAAUCUGACCGGGAACAGCAAGCAUCUAGUGGCAGUUCUUGCGAUCGAAGGCGUCGCGGAGUCAUAGAAGAGAUCGAUUCUGACGAAUUCUUUGUGCGGGCGAGCGGUAUCAGUCAGGACGACAUCAACCUGAAUAAUUAUCUAACUGACGAGAUUCGAGAAGCUCUUAAAGCGAAAAUCGACGAGCUUCCACCUACUCCGCCGCCUCAACGUCCUAUGAGAACCUUGAAAAAACGUAAGGGGGAUUUAACGGAGCAGCCCAUCGAAGCAAUACCACCAGCAAGACCGAAACGGGAACGCUCGGCGACGGCUCGACGUAGUCGAGAGGCGUCAAUCGUGGAUGAGGUGUUCCGUGAACGCACAAGAAGUGAUUCCAGAAGCGAUUCUAGACAUCUCGUGGUGUAUCAGACGGAGGGGAAUCAAUCGGAACCAUUGCAGGAACCAUUGGACGAUAUAGUCGUGGUAAAACCGGCGCGAAGAAAAUCGAGGUCGUCUUUACGUAGUCAGUCGCAACCACCGAUGGAAACAUCGAUACUCUUCCCCUCGACGCCUGCUGUAUUUGAUUCAUCUGAUUUUCUUCCAGUCACGCCACCCAUUGUACCAGUACGCAGGAAGCGUUCGCACCGAGAGACGAUGGUGGACCGAAGAAACGGCGAUGUGAAUGUACCAAUCUGCAAUGGUCAUCGCGAUGAUGAGUGGGAAAUUGAAAUUGCGAAAAAGCCAGUGAUCCCGACGAGAAAAUCACGAUCGCGACAGUCAUUGGUUGAACGCGAUAUCUUAAGGUCCACAAGCCGUGACAACAUCAUAAAUUUAGACGCACGGCACCGACGAGCGGAAUCCGCGCCGGAACCGGAAGUGGUACCGGUUCCGCCGAAGAGACGAUCUCGUUCGAGAACAACGUCAGUUGCCGCCGACGAGGACAGGACGUCACAUGGCGCAGAGUCUUUGCCGGAAGCCGACUACAUAGAGGAGGAUAUACCGCGAGAGGACGAGAGCGGUUCGAGGGAUUUUUUUGGUUACGCUAUCGUGGAGAAGCGGGAGAAACCACCCAGACCACCACCGCCUAGGAAAAAGCGCAACAAGUUCGCUACGACACCGAGACCGUCCCCGCCUAAACGACCUCAACGAGCGUAUAGCACUCUGGGACCCGCCAGAACGAGGGAUACCAGCGCGGCAUCAGAAACCAUCGGUAUAUUAACACCCACUGAAUCCACGCCGUACAUCGAAAUUGACGCAGAAGAUACCGAGCACAGAGAUCUUCGCAGCGGGAUGCUUAACAAGAUCCAAGGCCGACCACUUCCGGCGCCGCCUCGACCACCCAGGGCGAAGAAGGAGCACGCGAUCGUCGAACGACCUCGCACCCCGUUCGAGUACUCGGAGACAAUGGAAAUGACGGCGGCGACGCAAACCGAUCCAUUGCCGGACGAUAUGGUGAUCGAGGAGAUCACCCAGGCAAAGCUCAUAGUAACGCCUUCAAUAUCAGGUUCACAAGUGAUGGUAUCGAUGGAGCGCAUACCCAGCCCGAGUAGGACAAGCACGCCGCCCGUACCACCACUACCAAUGUCGCAGUUUAUACGAAAGGAGGAGGAAGAAGAAGAAGAAGAGGAGGAGGAGGAGGAGGAAGAACGGCAAGAAGAGGACAUUCGAAUGGCGUAUGGUGAUACGAUGUCACUGAGGACACCAUCGCCGAUGAGAGAAAGAGAUUUAGAAGACAAGUAUCGAUCGGCGCCGCAUUUGAAAGAACGCGUCGCGAAAGAAUCGCAAUCACGACCUCAGGUGAAAUCCUCAGGCCUGCUAUCUGACGAACCGUUGAGGAUCAGCACCCUUGAAGUUGGCGACUUAAAAGUCGAUCGGCUGAGCGUGUCACAGAUAGAAGCGCACAAAAUUAUGGCAUCCGAAGUGGACGCAAUGAUGAUUACGGCGUCGGAAUUGAGAGGCGGCAGCAGUUCGGUGGAAGAGAGUUUUUCGCCAGCUAUCAUCAGAGAACUGAUGGCGAUUAGGAGUCACUUGGAAACCGUAGUGCAAGAGAGACACCGUGAAAGCGAGGAGUCCGCGAGUCGCAAGAUACCCGACAUUCCCACGACCGACGACAGUCAAGUUCGAGAGCAGGAAUCUGUUUUGCAAGAGGAUUCACGAGAAGCGGCAGAAUCCGACGAGGCCAUCGAACCGGUGUUCGCGGAAGACAAGGAGACGGAGACUAACGAGGACCAAAAGGUUGUUAAAACAGACAUAAUAGAUGUCAAGGAUAAAAAAAUAUCACACGCCCUUUCAGUUGCUCAAACCAAAGAAUUCCCUUCCUCACAAAUAUUUGCGAUAGAUGAAUUAGAAUCCAAGGAUAAAGACGAAUUGAUCACACAUUUGCUCAAGGUAGCUCAAGGUAUUCAAGAUAAGUCGUUACGAAUUUUAGAUUCCGAACAUCCCCUAACUUUGAGUUCGCAAACCACGUCGGGCUCUCACGUCGGUGAAUCUCGUGCCUCAUAUCCUCCAUUGGAUGUGCCUUCAGCUCGACCUUCCGAAUCGAGAGUGUCGCCAGAACGCGUUGACGAACCUCCGAGUAGCUCUGUCCAGUCUACUAUCACUUCUACUACUUCCACUGCUACGGCUACUGCUACUGCUACUUCUACUUCUACUGCUACCACUAUUGUUGCCGACCCGGGCACAACAUCUACGAGUCUUCAUGGCAGCAAAGACGAUUUGUCUGAUAGUAAAGAACAGAUUCCUCGUAAAUCGAGGUCUAGAUCCCCUUCGCCUAGCAAAGGUAUCAUGCGACAAACUGCGUCUCCAGUCCGUUCAUUACCACCAGCCAUCUCUGUGACUCCCGACACACCUGAUUCGAUCGUAGAUCGCCAGAGACAUGGCACUUCUGUGGAUGCUCAACCACAGCGUGCCGUCAUUUCCUAUUCUUCGGAUACAAGACACAGUGUCCCUAAGGACGCUCAAUCGCAGCGUGCCGUCAUUUCCCAUUCUUCCGAUACGAGACAAUCCCUUAGAGAGAGACAAAGGGAGUCCUCUGAAUCGCCAGUGUCCUCUUUUCCUUUAAACUCAACUCAUUUAAUCGCCUUUCCAACCUCCGAAAUUCCAAUCCAAUUUUUUUCUCUGAGUGAAAUAAAUCGACACACUGAUAUAGAACCUGGUGUUAUAGACACUACACAGCAGCUUCUCCGAGCUAUUCGAUCGGCCGGUAUAAGAGCCAUGAGGCAUUUUAUAAGAUAUUUAACGUCCACACUAAGUGUAGAUGAUACGACAGAGAAAAUCAGAGAAGUAGAAUUAGCAAUAUGUGCUCUGUUACUUUUGAUUGUAGGCUUGUUGAUAUAUUAUUUUAGUAACACAAAAACUGUAACACAUCUUCACCAUUGGGAUUACUUUAAUCCCCCUCAAUAACAUGUUUUCUACAAUCCAGUUUGUCUAUAUCAUAUGUAUACAUAUUCAUAAAUAAUUCAUUGGUUCAUAGAAAUGAAAAUUUCAUAUUCUUAUAUAAACUUGU